AUGAUGUACGGCAAGCGAAACAGGUACAACAAGGUGCCAGCAAAAAGCAAUCUGCCCACAAGGCCUCUAAAGAAGUCUGUUCUUCUGAGUUAUCCUACAUGCAUACAACUAACUGCUGUCGUCAGGCAUCUGCCCCCCAGCAUCGUCACUAGUCCAUUCUUCCCCAACAUCUUUGCACCCUUGCUCGAACUGGAUCCUCACCCCGUCAGAUUCCCCAAUGGUCCGGAUCAGCUAUGGGCCAGGAUGUCGAAGCUCACCAAGACUCACUAUCCUGAACCCGACGAUGCAGUCCUCGCAGCCCGAGAGUCCCAGAACAUAAGAAGCACAACCCUCGAGGUCUUAAACGCCGGAAUCAGCCGGUGCUUCGAGAAAGGUCCCAACCAGGUCUUCCUCGUAUUCAACGCCUUGUUCGACGCCGCCGUGAAGGGGGAAACGGACAUCAACGGGGAUCCCUGGGUGCCACCAGAUGAGGUCAAGAUCGAUCUGAGUAGAUGGCUUAAUACCUUCUCGCCCACCCACGUCCUCGAUGCCGCCAGGGUAUACACAGACCUCAUCAUCCUGAUCGCCUGCAAAGGUAAUUCCCAGUCCUUAAUAGACGCCACUAGAUUCCUCGCCCCAACCCCUGGGAUCUUCCUCACAAUGAACGAUAUAAAACACCAGCCCUCUGCCAACCUCAGUGCCCUCUUCAACCAAGCCAAAAAGGCCGCAAUCGACGGUAAAAUUGGCAAGACAACCAUACUGCCCGUGCACCUCGUCGAUGUCGAGCUCGUCCAGAUUGCAAAGAUGAGACUCCGAACAGAGGACUACCCAACCUUCGAGCACUGCUUCGUCAUUGGCGUUGCCCGUGAAGGGUGGCGUCUCUAUCAGGCCUGGGGGAACCCCUACAAACGACGCGGAUUCAGAUUAGACGAGUGGAUAAUGGCAGACGGGAACCGGGUCCGGUCUUGGGAGGAAGGCAAGAAAUGGAUGCGUUUGUUCGACCGGUUUGUCUCUAAGAAAGGGCUCUGGACUGAGGAGCUUAACGAGAUCUACAGAGACCUCUUCAUUCCAUCCAUGAAGAAUGUUGAAAAGAGAAGAGAGCUCUCUGGCUUGGAAAUCCUCCGCUUCUGGCCCCAUGUGCGGGUUUUGGGACCUAUGGAUGUUGCUAUUGAAGAUAUCCAGAAGUUCAAUAUUGUCGAUCAGGCCGACGCGCAGCCCUCGUCCACUUCCAAGACUCCAAUACCAACUGAAAUGACCGAAACGAAAACAGCGGGUUCCUUGUCAAUGACCGGCGAGCAAGCUGAGGAGUGGUACAAAUCUACAUGCGGACCCGUUGAGACGACAGCAUCUGGGCCCAUGGUUUCGCAAGACCCGUCCAUCUAUGCUUCACUUACAACAGCGUCGACCACUGAAUCUGCAAGGUCUACUAACCCUUCUGCUGAAAAGGCUAAGGAUAAACCAACCCGUGGGUUCUUUGGGCCCACGGGGCUUCCUGUGUGCCCGUGCUGCGUGAAACCUAUGAAGGGGCCAUCUACUAGACCUGCCACCCAGCCUUCCGCCAAAACUGUUGCGAAGGCCAGUGCGAAGGCCGCCGGUAAAUCCACGGUUAACGAUAUAUCUUCUGUCGAGGCCGAACCUGUUUAUGAUGAUGCUGAUGGCGAUGCUGAUGCUGAUGCUGAUACUGACUCGGAAACGACAAUCGUUAUCGACCACGAGUUCUAUAUCAAAACAAGGAUUCCUGUUGAGGCUGAGGCCCUUGACAAUGGCGAAGGGCCAUGCUUAGUUGAAACUGCACAUGAAUCUCUCAGCACUGCUCUUGAGAAUGUUGAUGCUGAGAUCGACUCUGCGCUUAGGGUUGCCAAAGCCAAGCUCAACAGUAUUCCGGACUAUGGCUUUUGCGUCGAUAGUGGUACAGCUGAGCGUGAUGUUAAAGCCCUAAAUGAAGAGACUUCGGGACUGGAUGUUAAACCUGAAGCUGUCGGCAAUGCUAAAGCCUCAUCUAAACCCGAACUUGAUUCCCCAGGCAACGCUUCUCCCAUAUUCAAUGCUGAGGUCGAGCCGGUGUUGAAUCUGGCCAGAACGAAGCUUGAUGGGCUCCGAGACCACGGCUCGCGCUUUGGAUUUCGGGGUCUUCCUCGCUUUCGUGUCACAGACUGCCCUAAGUCUUCGCAGCCUGAUGCCGGGGUAGACUUGCAAGUUGGCGUUGAGUCUAAGGAUGAAGUUACUACUGAUACUCCAGCCAGUGACGAAGCUCUUGGUCGAGCUGAGGUUGAACCUUCUACUACAGCUACUUCCAAUGCCGAGAUCAGAGUUGAAGCUGAAGCCAACUCUGAUAUCGACAUCGGCGUCAGUAUUGAGGGAGCUGGUGUCGACAAGGAAACAACUGUCAACCCUACUCCUGGGCCUGGGCUGUAUACUGAAACAGAGACUCGGGUUCUCGCUAAGGCAGAACAUCCUGUCAAAUCUACUCCCAAAGUCUACUCUGAUGUCGAAGUAGACACAGCGGGGGAUGCUGAAGCUUCUACCAACAAGACUCCUGCUCAAAUCGGGACCGAGCCUCCUACUACAGUCUCCUCUGGAUUCACUGCUGAAGAGGCUGGCGUGACAGUGAAUGCUCAACCUGAGCUGCCUAUCGCCGAGAAUUCCUCCGAGCUCAAACUUGGCGUCGCUGACGGUGCAGAUGAGGUCAAGCCUCAUGCUUCCGUCAAGACUCCUGCCCAUCCCACAGCCAAACCUCCUAUCCCAGCUUCUUCUAAAGCCAAAUUCAGAGGCGGAUCCAGAGGGAAAUCCGCAGUCAAGACACCAAACAGGGUUAUCCCCAAAAACAAAAAUGCUGUCAAACCGCCGCCCAAAGUCAACAUCCCUCGGAAGCUCACGCCCAUCCCGGAACAGGACGAAAACCACGAGUCUACCUCGGAGGAUGAAUCAGAUGGGGGUGUAUCUCUCAACGUGCACGACGGUUCGGAAAGUCGAUUCCAGGAGCUGAACUUGGGCGUUGCAAGAUGGGAAACAACCAGCACCAGUCAGGCUGGGGGAGCGAGAGUGAACCAGGGACGCGACUAUCUUCAGGCAUUUAAUCUGGCGGGCCCGGGUUGGAAUGCAGAAUUGGAUAGAUUUAGAAUGGGAUUGAAGACUUGUAACUGGUAGAUUUCACUGCAGGGUGAGUGAGAUGUUUUUUGUUUUUUCGAAUAUUGGGGGAUGUGAUCGAUGAUAGAUAAGUUGUAUCAGAUAGUAGAAGUUUUUAACAGUUCAUUGGAGUAGAGUAAAUCAAAUAAGGUAUCUCUGAAAUCUGUAUCAUAUAACACCAACUCUCAGUCCCAAUGCCUCUCCGCUUCAAUAUACAAAAUGAUUGAUCCUACAACCCGAUCUCACCAUCUAAAGGCCACUCGGUUAGCCAAAAUUCAUACGAAAUCGCAGGUAAGGGUAAGGAAAGGUACACUUACGAAAAACUCUCCGAAUGCAAAUAAAGCUCUCCCCCAGAACCACCCCGUAAAAUCCUCUCUUGCUCACGCGCAGCCGCAUUCCUCACAU